AUGAAAACCUAUCAACUAACAGGUUCUGGACUUAUCAGCAUUGGACAAGGUUGUUUAUUAAAGACAAACGAGAUCACGAUUUACCCGUCCAAGAUUCACUCAAGCGAAAUCAAGAUUUUGCCUGAUCUGCCAGCACCGACUAUCGCGCCAAUCAAUGACAUCAUUAAGAUUACCCUACCGCAAUGGUCUGCGGGAAACCAGAAUAAUAAUUCCCAAACAAAAUUGUAUCAAGAUACAGAGCAAUUUGGAGACAGGAUUCAGUUGCUCAUGCAAGAAGAAGACCAGACACCGACAGCAUCGGAGGAGAUAUCAUAUCAUGACAUACAUCACUACGUUAUGAUAUAUGUGAUGUUUGCCAUAGUUGCUAUCUCAGGAGUAAUAUAUGCACUUCGUCGAGUACGCUGUCGAUGGCAAGUACCGCUAGCGGCUGCAAGAGCCGAAACAUCGACUACACCACCGCUGCCGAGCACACGGCGUUCAACAAUGCCAGGGACAAGACCUCAGACUGAGAGGAUAGAGAUGGAUUGA